UUAUUUCAUUUCGUUAAUCGCUUAUUUCAUUUCAUUCACACACAAAUCAAAACUCAUUAUAUUUUCGUAACCAACACGAACUAGUUCAUCACAACAACACAAUCACACAGAGAGAAAAUGGAUUUUGAACUGAGAAGAGCGAGAGAGAAGAUAGAGAAAGAACAAAAGGAACGAAAGGAAAAAGCAAGAUUGAAACUCCAAAAGGAAAAGAAAGCGAAAGAAGAAGCUCGUAUUCAAAGAGAAGCCAUUGAAGCUGCUCAAAGAUCUCGUCGUAUUGAUGCCGCUGAAGCUCAACUCAAGGCUGACCAGCAGAUGCAAGAAAACCUAAUUGUUGGGAGGGGAAUUGUUUUUUAUCGUUUACUGGAAGCUGUACCUUAUCAAGGUAGUGGAGAUAAGAUCAAACUGCCUCCUUCUUGUUUUACAGACUUGUCUGAUCAUGGUGCGCUUGAUAAGGGACCGAUGUACUUUCAGUUAUCGUUGACUCACAAGGAGGGAUCUUCAAGCACUCAAGAUACUGACAAAGAGAAAAUGGGAACAACCCAUUCAGGAGUUUUAGAAUUCACUGCUGAUGAAGGUUCAGUGGGUCUUCCUCCUCAUGUAUGGAAUAAUUUGUUUUCUGAAGGUUGUAUUAUGGAAUCUCCAUUGAUUGAAGUCCGCUAUGUUUGGCUUCCAAAAGGGACUUAUGCAAAACUUCAACCUGAAAGAGGAGGAUUUUCUGAUUUACCAAACCAUAAAGCUAUCCUCGAAACAAGUCUUCGGCAGCAUGCUACUCUUUCUCAAGGCGACAUUUUCACAGUAAAUUAUGGAAAACUUGAACACAAAUUAAGGGUGCUUGAGUUAAAACCUUCAUCAAGUGUAUCUGUGUUAGAAACAGAUAUCGAAGUUGACAUAGUUGAUCCUAUUGAUUUCUCAGAACAGACUGAUCAACAUGUUUUAAUUCCAACUGUAUUUGGAACUUCACAGACCGGUACAGUAGAUGAAGGAAAGUUUGUGUACUACAAAUUUUCAAUUGACAAUGGGACCUGGGAGAGAAUUUCUAGUGGGAGUUCUAUUAUUGAGGUAAAAUUAGAAUCAGAGACAAACGAAGGUGACACUGAUCUCUUCAUUUCUAGACACCCUCUCAUAUUUCCUACACGACACCAGCAUGAGUGGUCUUCUCAUGAUAUUGGAUCAAAGACUUUGAUUCUCAGCUCUAAGGAUAAAAACUUAGGUUCGGGGACUUACAGCAUUGGUGUAAACGGAUUUAAAGGACUGACCAAGUACAAACUAUCAGUCUUAAUCCAAGAUAAUUUCAACCAAAAACUGGGUCAGCAAGCAUCAUCUUCCAUGUCAUCAAUGGGGUUGGAUACUGAACAAUGUAGGAAUUGCAAGCAUUACAUACCCUCUAGGACUAUUGCACUACAUGAAGCUUACUGUAGCAGGCAUAACGUUACCUGUCAGCAUGAAGGUUGUGGAGUUGUUCUUAGAAUUGAGGAGUCCAAAAAUCACAUUCACUGUGGCAGGUGUGGUCAAGCUUUCCAGCAGGCAGAAUUGGAAAAGCAUAUGAAAGUUUUUCACGAGCCACUUCAGUGCCCUUGCGGAAUAGUACUUGAGAAAGAGAAAAUGGUGGAACAUCAAGCAUCAGUUUGCCCGUUGCGGCUAAUUUCUUGCCGUUUUUGUGGUGAUAUGGUUCCAGCUGGAAGCUCUGCAAUGGACGUCCGUGACAGAUUAAGAGGAUUGUCAGAGCAUGAGAGUGUUUGUGGGUCAAGGACCGCACCCUGUGAUUCUUGUGGACGUUCAGUGAUGUUGAAGGAGAUGGAUAUACAUCAGAUUGCUGUUCAUCAGAAAGGCUAAUUCUGAUGUGCUCACAGCCUUUGCUUCUAUUAAAGGUAACUUUGCUGUGAUGGAUUACAUCUGGGUAAUCAUAUAGAACUUAAAAGAAAGAUUGGGGAGAUGAAACUUUUGUAUGUAUUGUUGUCUACCAUGGGUUAGCAGCCUACUGUGGCUGUAUGACAUUGUGGAUCUUGUCAUUCGAUAUGCGCCAAAUUAUGAUUCUUUGUAGAAAAUGUUUCUUUCAUAUCUUAAAGGAACGAGCGUUUGUUGUACAAAUAUUUUAAGCAGGUUACCUAGUGAAGUAAAUUCUAUUCCUCAUUUUCAUUUCCUGUAUUA